UUUUUAAAUUUUUCAUUAAAAUUUCUUAUCGUCACCAAAAUGCCAGCAGAUUUGUCUCAAGUGGUCAAUACCAUUCGAGCUGCUGCGAAUAUUCCACCACAAGCAACUCAGUUUAUUAAAAACAAUGAAGGUUUGGCCAAUAUUUACACGUUUGACGUUAAGCCUGGUGUUGUGAUGGUUUAUCGAUACGAUGUGGAGCUUUCUGAUAAGGUUAAAAACAAAAGUCUAACGAAAGGUGGUGGAGAUGAUGGAAAGAAAGGACUUCUUCGGGAUAUCUGCUUCGAAUUGGUAACACACGUUUUUGAGAAUACCCAAGGUUUUGGCAGUAAUGGAAAGGUUUUGUUUGUUUACGACAACCGAAAAAUAUUAUUCACAAAUUGCCGUGUUCCUGCUUUGACGUGCGAGAUCACGCCAGACCGAAUGAGUGAAUUUUGCAGGAAAUUUUUGUACAAUGCAACAAUCACAUUUGAGUUGCAGCCAUGCAAAGGUUCAAGUCAUGAAUUGAAUUUGAACGACAUUCCAUCGGCGCUUUGUCCUGCGCCUCACAUACAAGCGGAUCAUUCUCUUCGUACAUUUUUUGAGAUGCUGACGUCUCAGUCUUUCAUCAAUGCUCGUUCGCAUCGACUAGUUGGACCUGGUCGACUUUUUGAAGAAAGAGUGGCUAAGCGAUUAAACGAUGCUAUCACUGCACAUAAUGGAGUGGCAAAGGGUGUUCGUAUCAUUGUUAAUGGUGAUGUUAAGCCUUGUCCUGCGCUUGUUGCUGAUGUCAAAACUUGCGCAUUCUUUGCGAAAGGGAAUUUGGGGGAUAUUGCAAGAGGAAUGGUUCAGUCUGCCAUGAAUCGUCGUAGAAACCCUCUCCGAACAAACGACCGUAAAGCGAUGGAAAGCUUUUGGUUGGAUUUUGGCCACCUCUUCAAAGGAGUUAGUGCUUACUUGACUUAUGCGCCUUCACGAGUCAUUGUUAUUGAUUCUAUCACUGCUCGGCUUGUCUCUGAAAUUAGUUUUGAAGUUGAUGGCCGCAACAUUCCAAUGAUGCAAUAUUUUGCUGAAAAGAAAAAUGUUCGAAUUGAAGGAAACAUGCCUGCCGUGCGUCAACAUGUUGAUCGUGAUGCACUUUAUCCUCUCCAAUGUCUUGAGAUCUUGCCUUUCCAGCGCGUAUCUAUAGAUAAGAUGCAACUGACUGAUGAAAUGGCUCAAAUUUCGAGCGAUCUUCUUAAGGCAAAUGCUGUUGGACCUGAUGUUCGUAGUGAAAUGAUCAAAGAUGUAAUGCGACAAAUUGGAAGAGAUGGUGAUUGUGCCAAAUUUAUGUUUCAUUUUGGUGUCAAACUUCGAGGUGAUCAAAACAACGUUCAAAUUGGUCAGCGAAGCUUACCGGUUAUCCGGUUUGGGAAUAAUCAAACAGCUAAUCCAAAUGAAAACGAUAAGGGUAGUUUUGACAUUCGUGGACCUCUUCGUUAUUUGGAGCCUUCUGAUGUUCUUCGUUCUUGGAUUGUGGCUUUUCCUCGAAGAGUAACACAGGAUUCAUUCAAUAAAUUUAUUGGCGAUAUUCAACGAAUGGCUAAUCAGCGUGGAAUGAAGUUGCCUCAACCUGUUUUUGAGAAUCUUGAGGUCAAUGCUAUGGAACAACGUUUUGCUGAGUUUUCGAAGGCAAAAAUUCAAUUUGUUCUUUACAUUGAUGAGCGUUUUGUUAAAUCUCAUGCAAAACUGAAACUUUGUGAACGUCGUUAUACUGUGCUUACGCAACAUGUCAACAUUGAGAUGGUUAGCAAGGCCGGGCCAGCUUCCGUCAGCAAUGUUCUUGCCAAAAUGAAUAUGAAGCUUUUUGGUUUGAACUAUAUGCCUCUCUUUGAUCCUGUGACCAAAAAUAAGCUUGACAUUGCUUCUGGUCAGAUUCUUGUUCUUGGCAUUGAUACUUCUCGUCCACCCAGAGCUACUGCUUUUGAGAAAUUCAAAUUAAGCAAACAAGGAAUGGAAGGAUUUACUUCGGAAGAUCCUUUGACUUAUUGCGGCAACUAUUUGGCUAAUCCUUCAAAAUUUGUCGGCGAUUACCUUUACCAGCCUUGUAAACAAGAUGUUCUUGAUGUUGAUUAUUUUGGAGAGCGUAUCAAAUGGAUUGUUAGCACUUUGAAAGCUAACCGAAAACAACUUCCUUCAACUAUUUUCAUCAUUCGCGAUGGAAUCAGUGAGGGAAUGGUUCCUAAGGCUGUCAAUGGAGAAUUCUCGCGAAUUAUUGAGACGUUUAGAAGCAUUAACCAAGGAUGGGUUCCAAAAUUUGUCUUCGUUAUUGUUGAUAAGCGCCAUACAAAACGCUUUUUCUUAAACACUGGUCCAAAUCGCAACCCUAAACCGGGUUCAGUCAUUGAUAAGAAGUUCGUCCGUGUGGAUCUGCAUGAAUUCUUUUUGCAGGCUCAUCAUCCACUAAAGGGCACGUCAAAGAUUCCUCAAUACAUGAUCCCAAUCAAUGAGAUCAAGGCUAAUAAUGACGAAUUGCAAGCGUUUAUCAUUGGACUGUGCAACAUGUGGCAGAUUGUUAAUAUGCCGCCUGCUCUUCCGUCACCUGUUUUACAAGCGAAGGAACUUGCAAAACGAGGAAGUAAUAAUUAUGUGGAGAUGAAACGAACUGCUCCUCAAUACAUUCCUCGUAUUACUGGUGAACGUAUGAUCGAUUUUGCUUUGCUCAACACACGCGUUCCAUAUGGAGAUAGUGUUUUAAGUAAAACUCGUUUCAAUGCUUAA